GCAAUCGUAUCGUAUCGCUCUCUUAUAUCUUCAGACAAAACAAACCAAAAACCAAACCACCCCCAAUUCCCGAAACCCUAACCCUACCUCCUCGCCCCCAUGCCCAUGGCUAAGAAACGAAAGCUUCGAUCCUCCAACCCAGAACCCACCAAACCCGUCGAGCCACAGCAACAGAACCAUGAGACUGUUGAACUCGACCAACAGCAACCCAUCCCCGAACCAACCCUAGAAGACUCCAACACCAUGGCCAUCGACGAACCAAAACAUGAACAAGAAGAAGAACCGCAAAACGCCGAAAGCGAACAAGAGGUAGAGGAAGAGGAAGAGGAAGAAGAUGAACAACAAGAGGAGCAGGAACCAGAAACUCGAGAAGGGCAACCGGGACCAGAAACCCUAGAAGCUGCAAACCAAGCCGAAGCGAACGGUAGCAAUGAAGGAAACAACGAAGAAGAGGAAGAGGAGGAUCUCACACUAGAAGAAGAGCCCGUGGAGAAGCUUCUGGAACCGUUCACGAAGGAGCAGCUCCACUCUCUCGUCACGCAGGCCGUGGAUAUGUUCCCCGAAUUCGUCGAUAGCGUGCGCCGGAUUGCUGACGUGGACCCCGCGCACCGGAAAAUCUUCGUCCACGGCCUCGGCUGGGAUGCCACCGCCGAAACCCUAACCUCCGUGUUCGGGAAAUACGGCGAGAUCGAGGACUGCAAGGCCGUCACCGACAAGGUCUCCGGUAAAUCAAAGGGUUACGCCUUUAUCCUCUUCAAGCACAGAGACGAUGCUCGAAAGGCGCUGAAACACCCUCAGAAGAAGAUCGGAAACCGCACCACCUCGUGCCAGCUGGCCUCCGCUGGCCCCGUUCCGGCUCCACCGCCGAGCGUGACCCCGGUGUCUGAGUACACCCAGAGGAAGAUUUUUGUGAGCAAUGUGAGUGCUGAGAUUGAUCCUCAGAAGCUGCUUGAAUUCUUCAAGCAGUUUGGAGAGGUUGAGGAUGGUCCUCUUGGUUUGGAUAAGAACACUGGGAAACCUAAGGGUUUUGCGCUUUUCGUGUAUAAGUCUGUGGAGAGUGCUAAGAAGGCUUUGGAAGAGCCCAAUAAGAACUAUGAGGGGCAUACUUUGUAUUGUCAGAAGGCUGUUGAUGGUCCUAAGGGGAGCAAGGGGUAUCAUCAUCAACAGCAUUCUCAUUCUCAUCAUCACCAUCACCACCAUCAGCCUCAUUAUCAGAGGAAGGAGAAGAACAAGUAUUCCUCCGGUGGUGGUGGACCAUCACAUGGAAGUGGUCAUUUGAUGGCGCCCUCGGGCUCUGCUGUGGGGGGUUUCAACCCUGGUGUGCCGGCCCAGGGGUUGAAUCCGGUGCUUGGACAGGCGUUGACUGCAUUGAUUAAUCAGGGAGCUGGAUUGGGGCUUGGGAAUCUUCUUGGAGGGCUUGGUGGUGCCCCCGUUAACCAGGGGGGGCCGCCUGCUCCAUAUGCGAAUCAACCUGCUAUGGGGUAUGGGAACCAGCCAGCAAUGCAACCCGGAUACCAGAAUCCUCAAAUGGGACAGAGCAGUGGUGUGAGACCUCAUCCUGGUGCUGGUGCUCCUUACAUGGGUCAUUAGUACCAGAGAUACCCUCAUAAGAUGCAUCAAUCAUUUAGUUUUGGACUCCGCUGAUUCUUCUGAAGUACCAGGCACUAUUCAAAUGCAUCUUUUAAUUUGUACUUUUAGUCUAUUUGAUUAUUAAAGAACCAGAUUCUGAAACUUGUAUUUUUUUUCCUUCUUAUCUUAGUAGAUUUUCCCCGACAUGUUUUUAAAAUCUUGUUAUACCUCAUUCCUCUAUGGAGGAAUAUUGAGGAACGGGUGAAUUUUGGGGCAGAGAAAACUUUAUUAUAAUAACUUUUAAGUGUGUUGUGGACCAUUUUUUCUUCUUCUGAACUUCCAAUUCUGUUUCA